CACGGAAGUUUACCAAGUCCUCAAAUGUGCUAGGUAUUUAAGAGGUAACCUCUCUCAUGCACUUCUGCUAUGUGACACUAUGCACUAGGACAUCAGAAAUGGAUUCUAGAAAUGUGCUCUUCAGCUUCAAGAACUUGCCCUGCUGUUUUAUAGAUGCCAUAAACUGAGCAGUUUUGCUUUGAAGCCAGCUGAACACGGACUGAAAUCUCUAAAAUCGUGAUUGGAAUUACACCUUUCCUCCUUUAAGCUACACUAGUUGGAGGAUCUUUCCAGGGGAAAUAUAUAGAGGAUGUCAAGCCUGGGGCAAUUUGAGACUGACUUUUACCAGUCUAAUUAUGUUAUUGGUAACCAGGAGCAGAGCUGUAUUGAUGCCAGUGCCUGUGGAGAUCUUUACAGAUCUGGAGAACAACAAGCCGGUGGGCAGCAUCAGCCCACCCCGCUUACUCCUCCGGAGAUGCUCACAUCAGCAACUCACUCAGGACAACUUUUUCAGCCAGCAUCCAACUCAGAUUAUUAUUCACAGUCUCCUUACAUUGACAGUUUUGAUGAAGAGCCUCCUUUGCUAGAAGAACUUGGAAUCAAUUUUGAUCACAUAUGGCAAAAAACCUUGACGGUGUUAAACCCAAUGAAGCCAGCAGAUGGCAGCAUUAUGAACGAAACGGACCUCACUGGGCCCUUCCUUUUCAGUGUAGCCCUGGGAGCCAGCCUGCUUCUGGCAGGAAAAGUUCAGUUUGGUUGCGUGUAUGGCAUGAGUGCCAUAGGCUGCCUUGGGAUUCAUGCCUUACUGAACUUGAUGAGCUCCGCAGGAGUGUCGUAUGGCUGUGUGGCCAGUGUGCUGGGCUACUGCCUGCUCCCCAUGGUCAUCCUGUCCAGCUGUGCCGUCUUCUGCUCAUUGCAGGGCACCCUGGGGACCCUGACAGUGUUGAUCUUCAUCGGCUGGUGCAGUCUCUCCGCUUCCAAGAUCUUCAUUUCAGCCUUGGACAUGGAAGGACAGCAGCUUCUCAUUGCCUAUCCUUGUGCCUUACUUUAUGGACUCUUUGCCCUUCUAACAGUUUUCUGAUGAGUGUUUGAGAUGGCUUUGAGAGAUGCUAUUUGUUUGCUGUUCAAUUUACUUUGAAGUGUAUUAGCAUUCGAGUUUGGUUAUAUGAUUUCUGUUUUAUUACCACUGAGAGAAUAAUAAGCAGAGAGAGAAAACACUUACGGAUGGUGCGGUAAUGGUCUGCUUCCUUUGAACCAAAUUUUGCUUUUCCGUUUGGCACAUUACAACACUUUUAAAUAUUUUCAAAUAAAAAGGAUAUAUUACUACACUGAUGAACAUUGCUUUUCUCAAUAGAUGUGCG